GGCGAGGCUGGUCUGUGGGCCUCCCUCGCGGAGACUAAUGCUCCCACGCCCUUGUUCUGUCCCCAGCCCCCCACUGCCACACAGCCGGGCUGACCAGUUCGACCUCAGCUGGGACCAGCAGCUCAACCUGGCCUACGUGGGCGCCGUCCCUCAUGGCGGCAUCGAGCAGGUCCGGACCCACUGGCUGCUGGAGCUCGUCUCGGCCAGGUCGGCUGGGCAGGGCCUGAGCUACAACUUCACUCACCUGGACGGGUACCUGGACCUUCUCAGGGAGAACCAGCUCCUCCCGGGCUUCGAGCUGAUGGGCAGCCCCUCUGGACACUUCACCGACUUUGAAGACAAACGGCAGGUGUUUGAGUGGAAGGAACUGGUCUCCCUCCUGGCCAGGAGCCCUGCCCCAGGGGAGGGGCCCACGCGCCACCGCAUGGACGCUCUGCAGGGAGGUACGGACUGGAGCAGGUUUCCAAGUGGAACUUCGAGACGUGGAAUGAGCCGGACCACAAGGACUUCGACAACGUGUCCAUGACUUUGCAAGGUGGGCGGGGCCCCGGGACCUAGGCGUGGAGGG